UCCUUUUUGUAUAAUGAAUUUUCUAUAUGAUUGAAAUUAACGCAUUCCUUUAGAUCUUCUCCCAUCUCCCCUUCUCUUCUCCGUUCCCUUCCACUAUAUGAACAUCAACAUGACGUUUCGAUACUUGUUAUUGCGGGUAACAUUCACCAAGUUCGACAAUUGUAACUCCAUGGCACACGCGACUGUUAGCUCCUCAGCCGAGACAAAAAAGCAAGAUAAAAAAAAUGGGAAAAAAAAUUUCAAAUGCGACUCAAUGGAUUGUCAGAUAACGUCAGCUAUCACAGACCUUUCACCCCCAGAUGGGGGAUGGGGCUAUUUUGUGGUGUUUGCAUCCUUCUUAAUUCACGUAAUUGCGGACGGAGUUACGUAUUCUUUCGGAGUAUUUUACUUAGAAUUUUUGUAUUAUUUCGAGGAGGGAAAGGGUACCACAGCAUGGAUCGCUUCGAUAUUGGUUGGGGUGACUUUAUGUUCUGGUCCAAUAUCGAGCUUAUUUGUAAAUAAAUACGGAUGCCGAACAGUGACCAUUGUCGGCUCAAUAUUAGCUAGUGCAUGCCUAUUAGCGAGUGUGUGGGCACAAAAUGUUAUAACACUAUACUUUACAAUCGGCAUUGGAACAGGUCUAGGUUUUGGCUUAAUCUAUUUACCCGCCAUUGUAAGUGUAACAUGUUAUUUUGAGAAAUAUCGUUCUCUCGCUACGGGUAUUGCUGUAUGCGGUUCUGGAUUAGGUACAUUAAUUUUCGCUCCAUGUUUAAAAUACUUUAUAGUAGAAUACGGAUGGCGAGGAGCGAUUAUGAUUUGCUCCGGAAUCGUUUUAAAUUGCAUCGUACUAGGUGCACUAUUCAGGCCACUUGAAACGAAUAAACAAAAGAAGAGAAGUUCUCCAGAGAAAACUCUACAUAAUUCUUUAGAUCAACAAUUGAAAUGUUUACCCAAAGGGGAACAUAGUACAGAACUUUAUGCCAUUAGUUUUAAGAAGGAAAGAAAUAAUGUUGGUGUAAGAAGCCUGAGUCAACCUAUUUUAAUUUCAAAAGAUAUAACACGCCAAGACAAUUUGGAGAACAUUCAUAAAGAGCAACUAAAUUUAACACAAAGAUAUAGUGAAGAAGUGUUUUCUAUUUCUGAAUCGUCUACGAGUUUGUCUACUAAAGCAGAAUACAUGAAAUCAAAGAACGGACAAUUUAAAAUUAAUAAUAAAACAAAAAUUAAUACGCUUCAAGAGAUAUUAGAUAUCUCUUUACUAAAAAAUCCAGUAUUUUUAUUAUUUAUCUUUUCAAACUUUUGCACCAGUAUUGGAUUUUAUGUACCAUACGUGUACGUAUUGCCUCAAGCUGAAGAACGAGGGAUUGAUAAAAACGAUGCUAGUUACCUUCUUGCAGUAAUUGGAAUUGCCAAUACCGCGGGUCGUAUAAUCUUAGGAUAUGUAUCAGAUAAACCAUGGGUCAAUCGGUUACUAAUAUAUAAUUUAUGUCUUACAAUAUGUGGUAUCUCUACAAUGCUUAGUAUAAUAUGUACAUCAUUUGUAUGGUUCACAAUUUAUGCUUCCAUAUUUGGAUUCACAUCUGGUGCCUAUGUUGGCCUUACAUCUGUAAUCUUAGUAGAUUUAUUGGGUUUAAAUUAUCUUACAAAUGCUUUUGGUCAACUUCUAUUAUUUCAAGGUUUCGCAUCAUUCUUAGGGCCACCUAUUGCAGGUAUAUUUAUUUGUAUUUUCACAACAGCUGCGGUUAAGAAAAAUUCAAUUUUUUAUUUAAAUUUAUAUUAUUUAGGAUGGCUGUAUGAUAUGCUUCAAUCAUAUGAUCCUGGUUUUCUUGCAGCUGGUAGUAUGAUUACCUUUAGUGGAUUAAUAUUAUUUUUUGUACCUAUUAUACAACAAAAAACUAAACACAAUGUAAGUAAUAAAAGAGUAAAAAAUACAAUAAAUAAUGAACCUGUUUAAAAUAGCUCUACAAAUAAAUUAAUUCUUAAGUAUAAAUUUUAUUUUAAACAUUUCAAUAUUUUAGUUUGUUAAACAUAAUUAUUUUUAAACAUAUUAGUACUGUUCAUGAUAAUUCUACGUAAUAAUUGGAAAAAUACAUAUUAAAGAUCAAGUUUUAUCCUAAGCACUUAAAGUGAAAAUGUAAACAUUUAUUUAUAACAUUAAUUACUAUUAUUUAAAUAUUUGUCACUAAUCACUCUUAUAGAUACUAUAUUGAAAUUAUAUGUAACAUUUUGAAAUAAAUCUGUAAUAAUUAGUUGCUUAAAUAAAUUAUUCGCUGCUAUUAUUUAUGGUUAUUGGAAACAAUUAAAUGUAGAGAAAAAGGAUGUAUAACUCAAAACAUGUUUACUUACAUAAAA